AUGGGCAAAACACAUGGAGUAGCACGAUUCGAUACCGUUGAUGAUGAAACAUUUUAUGCGCAAGCAUCGAGAAUAUACUAUGCCUAUCACGUCCAGGAUCUUUCAGGUCCAGAACGAGAAGCAAGAGAAUCAAUAUUUAAAAAAAGUGACCAAUCAUUUCUUAAAAAUCGUCAAUCAAUAAAUGGUUAUGACUUUAAUGGUGGCGUUAAAUAUGAAGCACUAUUAGAUUCUUUUCUACAGCAAGGUUUUCAAGCCACGAAUCUAGCUCGAGCAACACAAAUUAUUAAUUUAAUGAUUGAGAAAAAGCAGAAAAAAACUCCCACAGGCGAAACAAAUUGCACCAUAUUUCUAGGUUAUACAUCAAAUAUGGUUUCAUGUGGUAAUCGCGACAUAAUUCGAUAUCUUGUUCAGCAUAAAAAGAUCGAUUGUCUUGUUACAACUGCUGGCGGUAUCGAAGAAGACAUAAUGAAAUGUUUCGCUUCAACGUAUGCUGGUGAUUUUAAUCUGAAUGGAACUGAAUUAAGAAAAAAGGCGAUUAGUCGCAUUGGAAAUCUAUUGAUUGCAAAUGAUAACUAUUGUUUAUUCGAAACAUUUUUAAUGCCUAUACUAGAUCAUAUGCUUGAAGAACAAAAAGUUAAUAAUGCUAAUUGGACACCAUCGAAAAUGAUCAAAUAUAUGGAUGGUUCUAUUGGCGAUUUAAUAUUUUUUCAUUCGUUACAAAAGCCUGGUUUAAGAAUUGACAUUGCUGAAGAUAUAAAACAAUUGAAUCUUUUAGCACUGAAUGCAUUACAUACUGGUUGUCUAAUAUUAGGCGGUGGCAUUGUUAAACAUCAUAUUUUUAAUGCCAAUGCAAUGAGAUCCGGAGCCGAUUAUGUUGUUGUAUUGAACACAGCUAUGGAAUACGAUGGUUCGGAUAGUGGUGCAAAUCUUGAUGAAGCUGUUUCAUGGGCUAAAAUACGUCCCAAUGCACAAGCAGUGAAAGUUUUUGGAGAUGCAUCCAUUCUAUUUCCAUUACUCGUAGCUCGUACAUUUGCUUCCCAAGAUGAAAAAAAUACUUAA